CUCUAAACACAUGCUCGUUAGGUUCACUGAUUCUAAAUUGGUCGUAGGUGUGAAUGUCUGUCUCUGUGUGUUAGUCCUGUGAUGGACACAAAAUGAAUGAGUAACAGUAAUGGUUUUGAGAAAGUUAAAACAGCUGAUGAUUCUUUUAAUGCUAAUGCGACUAAAAGUCGACUCUGAGUUUUGGAUCAUUAUCAUUUAUCAUCAGAUCCUCUCCUUCCAUUUCCUUUGAGAUCAUUAGGUGCUGGGAAUCAGUUCUCCCUGAUCUAUAGAAAAUCUAAAUAAGAUCAUAUAAAUAACUAAAUAAUAUCUGUAAUGUUCAUUCCUCCUUAAGUGUAAGGUGACAGUUUCUAAAUCUCCUGUAGUCUGAGCCCAUCUUAAUCAAUGGACUAAUCACCAUCCUUUAACUGUAACUAGAACAAUUCCAGUGGAGAACAGUUUAUCAGUUGUACGUGUUCAGGCUACUUCCGCAUUAAACCGGACCACUAUGUCUACCAGGCGUUUCCCUCUCCUUUUUAUUGCUCUGGUGUUGCCAUUUGUUCUUACAGGCUCAUUUAUUUGUAUUCUUAUUUAUUUAAAAAAAAGCUUAUUGUAUUGAACAUUUUACAGCAAAUCAACAUAUUUUACCAACUAAUUACAGUCGUUGUCGUAUCAGAACCUGUUUGCUGCAAAUAAAGUUAUAUAAUAAUAGUAAAAAAACAAACAAACAAAAAGAAACAUUACGCAGUCGGUGGACACUCCCACGUGUACUUCCUUCCAACUGACCAGUUGGAACCUUGACCUCAUGUGAAAUAAGAUGAUGAAGUUAGUUUUGCUGUAAGAUCACAUCCACAUUCUUCAUCGUCUUUUUCUUUAAAUUAUUUCCACUCGACUCUGUUCCACAGAUCUGCUGCAGCCUCGAACUAUCAUUUAGUUUCACUUUCAGUUCAACUAAUAACACAAAUAAAACACUUACCAGAUGCUUCAUAUGUGUGAUUAUAUUUUAUUUAUGUGUUUACUGACGUUAUAAACCGUAACACGGCUUCCUGUUGUCAUGUUUUCUUGUGCGUCUACUUGUGUACUUACGGUACUGGCAUGCAUUUCUGCUCAUGUGUCAUAUUCUCUGUCCUGUCUCCAGUGAACCUCACUUCUCUUUCCUACAAUACCACCUUAAUACAGUGUAAACUAUUUAACACAAAAAAAAAUAAACCCAAAAUAAUUUCUUAUCAUUUUAAAGGAAACGAGAGGUGAGUUUUACUCAAAGUCUCACGAGAUAUUCGUAGUGUUUAAACUUCCACACGAAGAGCAGGAUGCAGGAGCACGGAGUUAAUAAGGAAAUAGUUGAUAUAAAUACCUCAACAAUACAUGAAAUACAUUCACAUAAAAUCAUAUUAUUAUAAAUAUCACGAUUAAAAUGAUUCAACAUCCAAUAACAGACGUCUUUAGAAUAUGUCUAACAUUAGUCUGUUGAAUUAUUUCAUCAACAUUUAGUCAUAAAUUGUUUUACAUCCUGUGAUAGAUAAUGGAGCCUGAUCAAAUGUACUGAAAACCUGUUUUAUUUACCCACUUAACCAAGAGAACCAUUAUUAUUAUUAUUAUUAUUAUUAUUAUUAUUAUUAUACAGACCAUGUGACUCGUGUGGCGUUUAGUCCUGACUAGACACGCCCCCUACUGGUGAUAUUGUCUGAACUGAACGUGAAUUACUGGGUACAUGAUGAUGGAUUAAUAUUUCCCAAAUAUCACACUUCACUUAAAAGUAUUAUUAAUUAUUAUUUACGGUUUGACUUCGCUGGCGGUUUGACAGAUAGCCUCCCAUUAGCCUGGCUAACAAACCGCAGCCCAGCUAGAAGGCUAGCCUAAGGCUAAUUCCUUAGAUAGUUAACUUCAGCUACCGGACUGGCUAUAUUGGGUCCUGACACCGAUCAUAAGAAUAAUUCUCCAAAUUCACUUACCGGACUACUUAACUAUUAUUUUUUUAUGGACCAAAACCUCAAACUCAGCCGAAAGAUUGUCAUUGGCUCAGGUGAGGCCUCUGGCAGCGGGAACGCCCUUAAUUAUGCAGAAUUUUAAACCUUAAUAAAAAAUAAACGAAUGAGUUAGAAAAAAAAAUCACCCCCCGUACAGUUGUCACAAAUAGUAAAAUAAACCAUUGACACCAAAGUCGUUUUUUGUACCAGGCAGUCAACAUGUUUAAUAAUGCUGUAAAGUUGGGCUUUUUAACAUGAGGGUCUAUGGAGAUUUGCUUCCUUUUGCAACCAGCUUCAAGCGGCCACUCGAUGAACUGCAGUUUUUUUGCACUUCCGCAUGAGCUUUAUCGCUCAGCCCCGGAGUUUGCCGCCUGAUAAGAGCGCGAAAACACUUAAAACACGACCAAACAUUUAUCAUCCAAACAACUGAAGGUGAGUGAAACUAUUUUAUGAACGUAUGCAAUUGGAAACACAAGAUACGCUUUUGGUCACGUCUGAAAAAUGUGGUCAUCUAAAAACGAUUUCACACUCAUACGUAUCCAUAGUGAUUCAAGACUUUUUUCCUGACAUGUUACAAGAGUGAAAUGAUUUCAGCCCCCUUAUUUUCGACCUAUAAUUUUAAAAGAAUCGCUAGUACACUAUAAUAUUAAUUCAAGCAAGCUGACAGCAACACUAUUGAGUUAAUAUUUAAUUCAGUGUUGUGCUUUUGCUUGACUGUCCUAUCAUUUUUGCUCUUCAGUCAUCGAAAUAAUCCCCCAGCAGCAAGCCCUAAGCAGCAAUGAUGGUGGACUAGAUGAUCCAGAUGAGGCACAGACAGGAAAUGAAGAGAAGCAGCUGCAAAUAGAAAGGGAUCCAGAGGAGUUAGAUGAAGAGGUCAGCAAUGAAAGUGAUGGAACAGAGCAGGAACAAAGGACAGAUGAGAGUCAGGCAGAGAAUAGUGCUUCCUCAUCUACAUGCACUGGACCAUCAGAUAUCAGCCAAUGUCGGCAAGAAGCACCAGCGCAGCCAAAGUAGAAACUGUUUCCGAGGACCUUGGUGGGGGACAGGAGAGGAAGCUUUAAAGUACACAGCAAAUUGAGAAGAGUUGAAUUCGUGGUGUUAAACUAGACACACACUAGUGGAGUUAAUUAUACUCUGGGUAGAGUUAAUCCAUUAUAAUUAACUCUCAGCUGAUAAAUAGUUGUUGUCAUAACUGAGUGUCAAAAGGAAGUGUCACUAAAUCAAACCUCUAGGUGUAAAUGUUUAAAUAUUAACUCCGAACUUCUUACUCUAAACUCUGAUCCUGUAUUUAACACCUCAAGUGUAAACGCUGACUUUACUGUGUAGCCUGGUAUGACAUUCAUCCUUGGCUGGACUAUUCCAAAAUGCUGGACUCGUUGUAUUGUUACGCCUGCAGACAUUUCAGCCCCCCUAACAGCCAAGAGACAGUUUUUGAUUGAGUUUACAAAAGUUACAAUCCAUGUAUAUAUAUAUGUAUAUAUCCAUGUUUUUCUGUCAAUGCAUGAGUUUACUACCCAAUUAAAAUUGUUGAAAUUGUAAACACUGUUAUUAGUGUUAUUUAUCCCUUCUCUGCAUAAAGCAUAUGGCUUUUUUUCCUACGUUGUAUGUGUCCCUCUAACACAGACACACAACUCUUUACCAGCUGAUGGCCCAAUGUCUUCAUCAAAAUAAAAAAUGCAAAUGUGGAUGAAAACAUUGUUGUUGCUGCUUCUCUUGUGUCAUGUUUCAUCACCAGUGAAACACUCGCUGAAGUAUUACACCACUACCUCCUCUGGAGUCCCAAACCUUCCAGAGUUUAUGAUCGUAGCAGAGGUUGAUGACAUCCAGGUGGGAUACUGUGAUGGCAGCAACAAGAUAGCAGAACCAAGACAGGACUGGGUGACAAAAUUACUUGAUGACAAUCUUCAACUCAGGAAAUGGCACACUGAGCAGUGUUUUCAGAUUCUACCUCCCCGGUCCAAACACAUUAUGAACACUUUGAUCCAGAGCUUCAACCACAGUGAAGGUGUUCACAUUUUACAGCUUUUAGAUGGUUGUGAAUGGGAGGAAACGACUGGAGAGGUAACUGGUUUUGGACGGUUUGGUUAUGAUGGAGAAGACUUGAUUGAACUGGAUCUGAAGACGUUGACGUGGACCGCUCUGAGACCAGAGGCUGAUAUUAUCAAACAGAAAUGGGAUGAAGAUACAGUUAGAAUGAAAGACUAUGUGGAUUUCCUUACUCAUCUUUAUCCUCAGUGGCUGAAGUUGAGUUUGAAGUAUGGGAACAGCUCUCUGCUGAGAACAGACGUCCCCUCAGUGUCUCUCCUCCAGAAGACUCCCUCCUCUCCAGUCAGCUGCCACGCUACAGGUUUCUACCCUGACAGAGCCAGGAUGUUCUGGAGGAAAGAUGGAGAGAAGAUUCAUGAAGGAGUGGAACAUGGAGAGAUCCUCCCCAACCAUGAUGGAUCCUUCCAGAUGAAUGUUGACCUGGACAUUUCAUCAGUCUCACCUGAAGACUGGAGGAGGUACGACUGUGUGUUUCAUCUCUCUGGUGUGGAGGACGACAUCAUCACCAAACUGGAUGAAACGCAGAUCAGAACCAACUGGGAGAAUCCCAUCACCACCACCAUCAUCAUCAUCAUCAUCUCUGCACUGGUUGUUGCUGUUGUCGUCGUUGCAGCAGCUGCUGGAUUCAUGGUUCAUAAAAAGAAACAAGACCAAAAGGCUCCACCUGAUAGUGAAGAAUCUCUGAGCUCUCUGAGAGACUGAAUCCAGAAACCUGACUGACAAACUCAGUUCACUGAGUCACCUUAGAGUAUAUGGGAUUUUUAUUAUUUAUGCAUCAACUUAUCAUAGUAUUAGUACUAGAGUCAAAGACGUAUAAGGAUUUUAAAAGUGAAACUAAAUCAAAAUCAGCUGCUAUUAAUAAUAAUAAAAGAACAACAGUACAACAUCAAAUCAAUGUC